GAUCAGUCAAUCGAUCGGAACACUUUCGGCACCCUUUCGAUGGAUUCCCACGAAGCGCAGCCACGCCUUAUGAUGGUUAAUUUGAUUAGGUUUUGCACACCGGAUCCACGCGAACUUGGUCAAGCGGUUUCGCUUCACUGGAUUCGGCACCGAACAUUUCCUUCGCGCUAGCGAUCGCAUGCUAAGGGCGUCGAUCGAGCAUUAAAGCGGUCGAUUGAUUUAUUCAAAAACGAACUUCAAACUUUUAGAACUUAAUCGAUAAGUUGCUAAGCAGUAGAGUAUAAAUACACUGAUAAUCCGACAGAACGGUAUCAGUUGUCCAACGCCGUCCAAAGCAACCAAAUAAACCAUGUUUAAGUUUGCGAUCGUCAGUAUUGCCCUGGUGGGAGCGGCUCUUGCGCUGCCCUACGAGCAUCACGGAUACAUCAACGAGGUCAAGCACAUCCCGUACAAGUACUACGGUGGCAUGGAAGGAGGUGGUAUUGGCGGAGGAUUUGGAGGAAGUCAGGGUGGCUACAAGGAGGAGAGCGGUCUGGAUUACUACUCGUACCCGAAGUACAAGUUCGAGUACGGAGUGAAGGACUACCAUACCGGAGAUCACAAGAGCCAGUGGGAGAUGCGUGAUGGAGAUGUUGUCAAGGGAGAAUACACUCUGGACGAGGCCGAUGGAACGAAGCGUAUCGUGGAGUACUACGCCGACAGCAAGACUGGUUUCGAGGCCAAGGUUAAGAACAUCGGACACGCCAUCGAGGGAAGUAUGGGAGGACAGGAAGGCGGAAUCGGUGGCGGAUACGGCCACGGAUACAGCUACAGCAAGCUGAAGAAGUACAACUAA